CCCGAAACCCAAAUUAUAUCGAUGAGCAGCAACGUCGUCGCCGAGCUACAAGCGGCAAUCGAGCCGGAGCCCGAGCACAUUGACUCGAAGGAGCAGGUGGUGGUGAUCGCUGAGAAUGCCAACAACGCCGAGGCCAUUGCCACCGUGAACGAAUCGCCCAAGCUGCCUGUCGUCGAUGUCGUUCCCGUGCAGCCCAACGAGGAGAGCUCGAGCGUAAGCACCAAGCUGCGUUUCCGCUACCCAGCUACCGAUACUGUAGGAGCCUGA